AUGGAUAACUUUCAAAUGAUCAAAAUGGUCGGUGAAGGCUCCUACGGAAUAGUGUACAAGGGACGCAAGAACACCGGUCAGAUUGUGGCAAUCAAAAAGAUCCGAGGUGCGAUAGAUGGCGAGGGCAUACCAUCGACCGCCCUUCGAGAGAUAUCCAUCCUGAGGGAGUUGAAGCAUCCGAACGUCGUUUCGCUUGAGGACGUGGUGAUGGAUGAGAGCCGGCUGUUCUUGAUCUUCGAAUUCCUCUCGAUGGACCUGCGGACGUACAUCGACAGCCUACCGCUCGGGAAGAUGUGUGACCCGGCGCUGGUCAAGAACUACCUGUACCAAAUCUCGUCCGCUAUCCUAUUCUGUCACCAGAGGCGCGUCCUGCAUCGGGAUCUGAAGCCGCGGAAUCUGCUCGUCAACAUGGCGGGUGUCAUUAAGAUAGCCGAUUUCGGGCUCGCGCGUACACUCGUCGUUCCGGUGCGCAACUACACGCGCGAAAUCGUCACUCUGUGGUACCGAGCGCCGGAAGUGUUGCUGGGUUCAUAUUUCUACUCAUGUGCCGUCGACAUCUGGUCGAUCGGAUGCAUCUUCGCCGAGAUGGUGACGCGAAAUGUGCUGAUCAAGGGUGGCUCGGAAAUCGAUCAGCUGUUCCGCAUGUUUCGUGUCCUGGGCACCCCGACCGAGGAGAUUUGGCCCGGUGUAUCGUCGCUACCGAACUAUAGGUCGAGUUUUCCAUGCUGGACUAAGUACAAUCUCCACAUGCAUGUGCCGAACCUAGACUCGGUGGGUUAUGAUCUGCUGCAGAAGUGUCUUGAAUUUGAUCCCACGCAGCGCAUCUCCGCCAAGAAGAUUCUCCAGCAUGACUACUUCGAUGGUUUCCAACAUGGUAACCUUACUACCGACUAA